AUGAUUUAUGAAAAUUCAGAUACAGGUGGUCAUCCCAUAAUGGAAAUCGUACACGACAGUACUUGCAAAUCUCCUACUCCGACUAUAGAUCAUCAACACUCAAUCUCUCUCAAAUUGUUCCCACGACGUACACAUCUGCUUCUAUUAUUUUUCGCACUCUGUAUUGUCGUUUAUUAUACCAAGACUAACAUUACAACCAUAAGUGUUAUUGUGAACGUCAAUAGCACCAUCAGAAGCGCAUUGGAACAGAUACCAACAUGUAACUCAAGGGAUCGACCAAGGCAAGAAGUUUUACUCACAACACUCUAUGCUUGGACUCAAUUUGCGCGUGAACAUAAUAUACAAUAUUGGAUUGCUUAUGGAUCGCUUGUUGGUUACGUUCAACGUCGUGGUUUGUUACCUCACGAUGGGGAUACUGAUAUUCUGAUGUUAUCCCAAGAUACGCGACACCUUGUUCCAUUUGCAGAUACGAAUUUCUCGUCGAUCUAUGAACUAAAAGUCCAUCCACAAUGGCAUUACAUUGGAUACGUAGGUCGUUCGUAUUAUCCAGCAAAAGGUUUUAACUUUAUCGCCCCGAACGCUCGAUUCAUACAUCGAAAACUUCGGUAUCAUGUUGACAUUUGGCCUAUCUAUGACUUUCGUCCUGAUCGGCCAAAAGAUAGAAAGAAUGUAACGACAACUCUAACUGAAUAUAAUGUCUCAUAUAAAUGGAUAAGCUCUCCAAUUGAGUGGACAUUUCCUCUAACACCCUGUAAUUUCAGUAGUAUACUCGUAUGGUGUCCUGCAAAACCUGAAAGCAUCGUCGCUAACCUAUAUGGACGAUCGGCAGUGACAAAAACAAACAAAAAAUGUGUGAAUCAAAGCUGGGUUAGUGGUUAA